CGCCUCACUCCGCAGGAUUCUGCAUUCAUUCAAACCAUCGUCUUCCCACAACAUGCCUUCAUACACCAUCGCCAGCGGCGACUCUCUCUGGAAGAUUUCUCAGGAUCACGGUGUUCCACUGGACGCAUUGACGGCCGCCAACCCGCAGAUCACCAACCCCGAUCUUAUCUUCCCAGGGCAGGUCCUGAAUAUCCCCGAGGCUCAAUCAGCUCCCCAGAACCGGGGCAUCCCAGAGCCUGCACCUUCUCGCGACUCUGCCAGCAUCAAUGCCAUCCCCAGUCCCAUCACUGCGAAUCCCACCCCUGCCCCGCCCAUCCCCCCGCGGAUGCCUCAGAUGCCUCAGAUGCCACCACCGCCAAUGGCCCAUUCCCCCGCUCCCUGGAAUAAUGGUCCCAGCGGAACUGGGUUCAAAACCGUCGCAUACUUCACCAACUGGGGCAUCUACGGCCGCAACUACCAACCGCAAGACAUUCCCGCCAACUACAUCACGCACAUUCUCUAUUCCUUUGCCAACAUCCGCCCUACCGGUGAAGUCUUCCUAACAGACACCUACUCCGACCUGGAAAAGCACUAUCCCAACGACUCCUGGUCCGAGCCGGGCGAAAACGCCUACGGAUGCAUCAAACAGCUAUACCUCCUGAAAAAAGCGCACCGGCACCUGAAAACCCUCCUCUCGAUCGGCGGAUGGACGUACAGCUCCAACUUCGCGGCACCGGCCUCCACGGCAUGCGGCCGACAGACCUUCGCGCGGUCGGCCGUGCACCUGCUGGCCGACCUGGGCUUCGACGGCAUCGACAUCGACUGGGAAUACCCGCAGAACGCCGAGCAAGCCGCGCACUUCGUGCUUCUCCUCGAGGAAACCCGCCGCGAACUGGACCGCUACUCCGCGCAGCACCUGCACGGGAAACGCCUCCUGCUGACCAUCGCGGCGCCGUGCGGGCCCUCCAACUACGAGAAACUCCGCAUCGCGGACAUGGACCCCUUCCUCGAUUUCUGGAACCUCAUGUGCUAUGAUUUCGCCGGCAGCUGGGAUAGCACCGCCGGUCAUAUGGCGAAUGUGUUCCCUGCGCCUGGCGGGGAUGGCACUACUACUACUACUACCCCGUUUAAUGCGGAUGGGGCGGUGAAUGCGUAUAUCCGGGGCGGGGUGCAUCCGAGUAAGAUUAUCUUUGGGAUGCCGUUGUAUGGCCGUGCGUUUGAGAAUACGGAUGGGCCGGGACGCGCGUUUCAGGGGGUCGGGGAGGGGUCGUGGGAGAAUGGGGUUUGGGAUUAUAAGGAUCUUCCCGGGGAGGGGAGGGAGGUGGUGGAUGGCAGACUGCUGGCCAGUUGGUGCUUUGAUCCGGUGAAGAGGAAGAUGGUCAGUUAUGAUACGCCGGAGGUGGCGGGGAUGAAGGUUGAGUAUAUUGGGGGCAGAGGGCUGGGUGGGGCGAUGUGGUGGGAGUUGAGUGGUGAUCACCAUGUCAGUCAUGAGAGGAGUCUGGUGAGGAUUACUGGGGAGGCGUUGGGGAGGAUGGGCGGGUUGGAUGGCAGUGAGAAUACCCUCGUGUAUCCGGUUAGUCGGUUUGAGAAUCUGAGGAGGGGGUUUGAGUAGUGUAUAUAUUUGGUUACUAUUUAUAUAAGUCUUAUGACCACGAG